GAUCGCUUUAUUUUACAAUAAAAGGUUGUUUAGAACAAACCUGAAGUGUAAAACGUUUGCUAAACAAAACUUGAUCAUGUUGGUUUGGAUUUUAUUAUUUUGGGGAAAUAUUUGCUUAUUUGUACAUUCUAUGGAGCCUACGUGUAACCCCUACUAUGAAAUUCUUAAAACAGUCCUGAAACUCGAGCAAAAGAUUGAAACGAUGGAACAUGUUAUGCAGGAACAGCGCAACAUUAUCAGCAAAAUGUCAAGUGAAGGCAAUGGAGCGGUGUUUGUAAGAUGGGGCCGUAAUAUUUGUCCGGACACUUCAACUCUUGUUUACAACGGAUAUACUGCAGGGAAACACUAUAACAAGAAAGGAAGCGGAAGUGACACAAUAUGUCUCCCAAGUAACCCCUCGUGGGCAAACUAUACCGGAAAGAGCAAGCCAUCAUCGCUUAUCUACGGUACAGAAAUUGAUAUUGUAGAACCAAGUGGCAUAUUUGCGUAUCCUGUUAGCGAACAAGACACGCCUUGUGCUGUUUGUAAAUCAUUGAGGUCGACUGUUCUAAUGGUUCCUGCAAGAACAACUUGCUUUCCCGGCUGGCAUAUGGAAUACACUGGGUAUUUAAUGGCAGGAAUGGAUGAUAGGCUAGGUUCAUAUAAUCAUAUUUGCAUGGAUAGUCUGCCAGAAUUUUUACCAAACGGUGCAGCCAAUAAUAAUCAACACAUUCUUUACCUUGUGAAGGCACAAUGUGGAUCAUUACCAUGUCCUCCAUAUGUUCAAGAUAGAGAGCUAGCAUGCGUCGUCUGCUCAAACUAGAAAAUUGUACAAGUUGGAUUGGGUUUUAUGUGUCAAAAUAAAUAAAGAAAGGUCGGAUAUAAAAUAUAUCUUGCAUGUAGUCUAAUUACUUCUUUUGUAAAUUUCUACUUUACUCUGACAAUUUUGAUAUUCAAAAUAAAAUAUCUUUUGAUGAUUUUGUUCAGUUAUAACAUAUGAAAUACUUACUCAUAUUUAAACUUUCCCAUUACUAAAACACAAGAGUUAUCAGUGAUCACAUGUGUCGCUUGAUGAUAGCCAAUUGCAUGUGUAGCAAGAGAUUAAAAAAUCGUAAACUGCCCAAAAGGGUCUAAACCCAACCCAAAAUUAUUCAACCAAAAAAGAGACACAUGUUUAAUAUGUGCAUGUACUUGAGGUACCGAUCCAUGCUGUAAAGUUCCAUUGAAAUUGCACUAAUACUAUAAGAGAAGCAGCAGUCUACUUUUUCCGCUUGUGAGUUACUUGUUGUAGAUUUUUUGUUUUGAUUUCAUGGACAAUAAGUAAAAAAAUCUGGAAACAAAGUGAUCCCUCGGAAGCAUUAAUCACAACAAAAUUACAAGAGAAAUGCAGACUCGGUUUUAUUGGGUCUGUACAUGAGGGAUAAUUAAUAAGUCAACAUCCCUCACGCCCCCUUGCACCGGCUUGAGCGGUACUCAAUUCUCAACACUUAAUAGUGCCGGCAUCAAUGAUCCAGAAGGACCAGAAAAAUAUAACAACACUGAAGUGAAGUACGGGGCAACUUUUUACAGCUGCCACACAGCACUUGACACCUGCUGUUGUGAAGUAUAAAAAUCUGGAAACAAAGUGAUCCCUCGGAAGCAGUAAGUUUUCAUGUGUCGGCUUGUUUUUAAAAAAUGAAAUAAUUAGAAAAUCAUAAAGACCUGGCCUGAUGUUAUUUCUAAGUGUUUAUUGUAUGUUUUGGGUACAACUAUGAAAGAAAUCACAUAAAAAGUGAACUCAUUUAGAAAUUGCAAAAAAAAGCCUAAAUUUAACUGAGAUCGUACAUAAUUACAUGUGUCCUUGAUAUAUGAAUAUUAAAGGCUAAAGAAAAGUAAUUGUGCUCGAGACUGCCAUUAUAUAUAAAACUAACUUACAAACUGUAUGAAAUUUAACAAAAGUGUGGCCUGUGAUCACUAUAAGGAUAGUGAUCUCUUUUUAUAAAUGGCCAACAGAGAAUGUACAAUGUCAUUUUGAUCCUAUUGAUAUUAUAUCAGUACGUUUGGCAUGAAUUACUUAGUAUACUUGUUAGUAAUUAUUUUGUUUAUUAUAAAUGUAUGUUGUAUUGUGGUCAACAAUAAAUUAUAAAAUGUA